CCUGAAGUUGUUCUCUGCAGCUGCAGAUCCAUCCUCGAUCACCUCAAUUGGACUGCCUUCUUGACUCUCCCCGCCCCCCUGCAUCGCUUGUACUUUAUUCAUGAUUCCUUGAUUCGAUGAAUGUGUUUGCCUGCUCAGCAUAGCCCUGUACACCACCGUACUAAUAUCUUGGAUUGUUCUGCUUUGCUUAUUUUGGUUCCCCUUUCGACAGUCUAGCCUUAUUGGAAGGCUCCAUCUUAUAUAUUUGUCUUUUUUGGAACCGAUGUGAGAGUAACGACGAGUGUCUCCUCUACUCAUCAGCAUGUCGACCGCUGUUUCUCAAGGCAAUGGUCUGGUACGGCCUCGCCCUGUCCCGGGCCAGAAGAAGCCAGACAGUCUCAGUGACGCUCCACUAGAGCGCACCACGUCGGAUUCCAGUGGCUACUCGACUCCCCUGGCAGAAGAUGCUCCUCCAUCGGCGCAUUCGCUCUCAACCGCCCGCAAGCAAGCGCGCGCCCGCAACCGCAUGUUCUACAGCAUCGACUACGUCCCCCGUGUCUCGCAUUUUGACCCGCGCAGCGACUAUCAUAAUUUUCGCGGCUUCUUUACUCUGUUCUGGAUCAGCCUGUUCAUCAUGGUCGUUACCACCAUGCUGCGGAAUAUCAAGGAUACCGGGUCCCCGCUGCGCGUGCGGGUGUGGACGCUGCUGUCGGCAAACGUCUGGUCCAUGGGCUUCAGCGACCUGGCGAUGGUCGUCACCAGUGGCUUCAGCCUGCCGCUGCAGUAUCUAUUCAAGCGCGGGUGGGUGCGGUGGUCCAAGGGGGGGAUGGUCCUGCAGAGUUUAUUCGAAGCCGCCUGGCUGGGGCUGUGGGUGAACUGGCCGUUCAUGCUGCAAUGGACAUGGACCGCACAGGUCUUCUUCACGCUCCACACGCUCACCUUCCUGAUGAAGAUCCACUCUUACGGCUUCUACAACGGCCACCUCAGCGAAACGCAGCACCGGCUCUCCUCCCUCGACAGCAACACCAACGACGCCUCGAUGGCCGCCGCCGUGCACUACCCCGAAACGUCGCCCCGACGCGGGUCGCUCCACGAGCAGCGCCGACCAAAACCGUCCAAGCGGCGCUCCAACUCCAUCGUCGAGCUGCGCGAAGACCUCGCCAAAGAGCUCACCUCCCCGCUCGGCAACGUCACCUACCCGCAGAACCUGACGCUCUCCAACUACGUCGACUUCAGCUUCUGCCCGACCCUCUGCUACGAGCUCGAGUACCCGCGCAGCCCCAACCGCCGCUGGACGGAGGUGGCCUACAAAACGUUGGCCGUGUUCGGGUGCAUCUUCCUCCUGACGCUCGUAAGCGAGGAGUUCAUCCUCCCGGUGCUCAGCGAGGCCAACGUGCAGCUGCAUGUGACAGACAACCCAGCAGACCGGGCGCUCAUCCUCGCCGAGACAAUCAGCAUGCUCCUCUUCCCGUUCAUGGUGACUUUCCUGCUGGUGUUCCUGGUCAUCUUCGAGUACGUGCUCGGCGCAUUCGCCGAGCUCACCUGUUUCGCAGACCGACACUUUUACUCCGACUGGUGGAAUUCCUGCGACUGGCUCGAAUUCUCCCGCGAAUGGAACAUCCCCGUGCACCACUUCCUCCGGCGCCACGUCUACUUCUCCUCCCUCAGCCAGUUCUCCAAACCCGUCGCCAUGGUCAUCACGUUCCUCGUCAGCGCCAUCGCGCACGAGCUCGUCAUGGGUUGCAUUACCAAGAAGCUGCGCGGGUAUGGUUUCGGGGCGAUGAUGCUGCAGUUGCCGAUUGUUGCCGUGCAGAAGUCGAGGUUUCUUCGGGGGAAGACUACUCUUAAUAAUCUGUUCUUUUGGCUGUCGAUGAUUUUUGGGCUUUCUUUGAUGUGCGCUCUCUACGUCCUUGUCUAGUUGGACUCAUUCAUUUAUUGAUCUGCUACAUCUAUCUGCAUACAUCUAUUGUACAUUCCAUGUAUACCAUGAAUCAUUUGGUUUAGGAUAUACGUACUACAUACUACAUACUACAUACAUAGGACAUAGGAUACUUACAAUCACUUCUCACUUA